GGUUCCGGGGCGCCGCGGAGCUCCCGGCCUGUGGGUCGAGCGCGGCCCUCUGCGGCGGCCGGGAUGGAGGAGGCUGGAGCGGCUGUGGCCACAGCCGGGGAGGCCGAACUGAACUUGUCUCGCCUCAGUGUGUCUCUUGAGACGCUGGAGUCGGAGCUGGAGGCGCGGGGCGAGGAGCGACGCGGCGCGCGGGAGGCGCUGCUGCGGCUGCUGCUACCGCACAACCGUCUGGUGUCGCUGCCGCGGGCGCUGGGCAGCGGCUUCCCGCACCUCCAGCUGUUGGACGUGAGCGGCAACGCGUUGACCGCGCUGGGGCCGGAGCUGCUGGCGCUGCGCGGCCUGCGCACGCUGCUGGCCAAGAACAACCGGCUCGGCGGGCCGGGUGCCCUCCCCAAGGGCCUGGCCCAGUCGCCGCUCUGCCGCAGCCUCCAGGUGCUUAACCUCAGCGGGAACUGCUUCCAGGAGGUGCCCACCUCGCUGCUGGAGCUGCGCGCGCUGCAGACCCUCAGCCUCGGCGGCAACCAGCUUCAGAGCAUCCCGGCCGAGAUCGAGAACUUGAGGAGUUUAGAGUGUUUAUAUCUUGGAGGAAACUUCAUCAAAGAAAUACCACCAGAAUUAGGAAAUCUGCCCUCUCUAAAUUACUUGGUAUUAUGCGACAACAAAAUCCAGAGUGUGCCUCCUCAGCUUUCACAGUUGCAUUCACUUCGUUCCCUUAGUCUUCACAAUAACUUGCUGACAUACCUGCCUCGAGAGAUCCUCAACCUUAUUCAUUUGGAAGAACUGAGUUUGCGAGGGAACCCACUGGUUGUUCGUUUCGUUAGAGAUUUAACCUAUGAUCCUCCAACUCUCCUGGAGUUAGCUGCACGGACCAUUAAAAUUCGAAAUAUUUCCUACACUCCCUAUGAUCUUCCUGGGAAUCUUCUUAGAUACUUGAGUUUAGCCAGCAAUUGUCCAAACCCAAAGUGUGGAGGAGUCUACUUUGAUUGCUGCGUCAGACAAAUUAAAUUUGUGGACUUCUGUGGGAAAUACCGCCUCCCUCUGAUGCACUACCUGUGUUCUCCAGAAUGCUCUUCCCCUUGCAGUUCUGCCUCUCAUAGCUCCACAUCCCAGAGCGAAUCUGACUCAGAAGAUGAAGCUAGUGUGGCUGCACACAGAAUGCAGAAAGUUCUUCUUGGUUGAAAAGGGUGCAGGGUAGUGUGAAACAGUAAAAGACUGAGCAGCGGUGGUUAGAAAAGAGACUAGACUUUGAGGUCCAUCAGAAACUGUAUCUUAAAUGUCCAUGGCAUAGUUGGAGAUUUUGUGUUUCUCGCCAUUCAGCAGGAAGAAGCCCAAUUCCAUGUUUGGAUUCUUGGAAUAUAAUUCACUCUGAAUGGCAGUUUCAAAUUUAGCUGAUUGUUUGCAGUUUUCAAGCUUUGCAUGAAUCACACAACAGAAUGGAACAUUCUGCAGAGCAGUACUGUAAUAAACCACCAAUGCUUUGGCUUGUGACAGUUGACAUGAAGAUAGAAGUUAUCACAGCUGUAAUUUUUAUCAGUGUUGUCCUUGAGUUUAGGUUGACCGCUAUACCAUAACAGGAUUAACCCUCUUUUCUUGUAUUGCCCCUAUGUCUAGAUAACAGUUUUUCAGAUAAGCUCACAGAUGGUUACAUAGGACCUAAACCUUUCUCAGCUACUGAUUGGCAAAGGAAGGGAUAUAACUCUUACGUGGGGUUUUAAAACUCUUCAGUUCUGCUC